GGCCGCGCCGGAUAUACCUACUGAGGAGAGGGUAUUGGGUACCGGCCUCCUGAAGCGGCUGGAAAAUUUUGUGUUCCACAGAUUCCGAAGAGAAAUUGGGACAAGGAUUCACCCGCUAAUUGCCAAGUUUCCGAGGUAGUGGAAAACAAGUCGGGACAUGGACAGCCGCUUGCAGGAGAUCCGGGAGCGGCAGAAGUUACGUCGACAGCUUCUCGCGCAGCAGUUGGGAGCUGAAAGUGCCGACAGCAUUGGUGCUGUGUUAAAUAGCAAAGAUGAGCAGAGGGAAAUUGCUGAAACAAGAGAAACUUGCAGGGCUUCCUACGAUACCGCUGCUCCAAACGCAAAACGUAAGUAUCAGGAUGAAGGAGAGACAGAUGAAGACAAGAUGGAAGAAUAUAAGGAUGAAUUAGAAAUGCAACAGGAGGAAGAGAAUUUGCCAUAUGAAGAAGAGAUUUAUAAAGAUUCUAGCACUUUUCUUAAGGGAACACAGAGUUUAAAUCCCCAUAAUGAUUACUGCCAACAUUUUGUAGACACUGGACAUAGACCCCAGAAUUUCAUCAGGGAUGUAGGUUUGGCCGACAGAUUUGAAGAAUACCCUAAACUGCGGGAGCUCAUCAGACUGAAGGAUGAGUUAAUAGCUAAAUCCAACACUCCUCCUAUGUACUUACAAGCAGAUAUAGAAGCCUUUGACAUCAGAGAACUGACACCCAAAUUUGAUGUGAUUCUUCUUGAACCACCUUUAGAAGAAUAUUACAGAGAGACUGGCAUCACUGCUAAUGAAAAAUGCUGGACUUGGGAUGAUAUUAUGAAGUUAGAAAUCGAUGAGAUUGCAGCGCCUCGAUCAUUUAUUUUCCUCUGGUGUGGUUCUGGGGAAGGAUUGGACCUUGGAAGAGUGUGUUUACGCAAGUGGGGUUACAGAAGAUGUGAAGAUAUUUGUUGGAUUAAAACCAAUAAAAACAAUCCUGGGAAGACUAAGACUUUAGAUCCAAAGGCCGUCUUCCAGAGAACAAAGGAACACUGCCUUAUGGGGAUCAAAGGAACUGUUAAGCGUAGCACAGAUGGGGACUUCAUUCAUGCUAAUGUUGACAUUGACUUGAUUAUCACAGAAGAACCUGAAAUUGGCAAUAUAGAAAAGCCUGUAGAAAUUUUUCAUAUAAUUGAACAUUUUUGUCUUGGUAGAAGACGCCUUCAUCUGUUUGGAAGAGAUAGUACAAUUCGACCAGGGUGGCUUACAGUUGGACCAACUCUUACAAAUAGUAACUACAAUGCAGAAACGUAUGCAUCCUACUUCAGUGCCCCGAAUUCUUAUUUGACUGGAUGUACAGAGGAAAUUGAGAGACUUCGACCAAAAUCACCUCCUCCCAAAUCUAAAUCUGAUCGAGGAGGUGGAGCUCCCAGAGGAGGCGGAAGAGGUGGCACUUCUGCUGGCCGUGGGCGAGAGAGAAAUCGAUCUAACUUCCGAGGAGAAAGAGGUGGCUUCAGGGGGGGCCGUGGAGGCGCGCACAGAGGUGGCUUUCCACCUCGAUAGUUUUUUAGGACACUGAUCCUAUUAAUGCCCCUUCGCCUUCUUUCCGAUAGUUUGAAUUUCACCCGGGAGAUGUUUAGAACUCUGUUCCAGCUUGCACUUUGCUUUAGUUUCUCUAAGCUACAGGAAUAUUUUAAUCAACCUAGUUGUCACUGUCUCGUUUUAUUCAGGGUAAAUGAGUCAUCCUGUCUUUUGUCCUGUGCAUGUAACCAAACAGUGGAACAACACAAAUACCUUCACUUUCAGAACUGAAUUUAGUCUAAUUACAAAGGCUUUUGCUUUUUAGGAAUAAAGCGAGCAGUGAAAAGACGCAGUCUGAAGUGUCACACCGGCGCUGACAGUAGUUGAUGGUGGGCAUCCCAUCACUGCUGUCACAGCAGACGGGAGCUGCUUGGCAGCCUUGAUGGAAUGGAGUUGGGACAGGUGGUAAACUUCUCUUGGGGUUUCAGCAUUUUCUCACUGAAACAAUAAAAGAGACUUUUUUUCUUUCUUUUUGAAAAAUCUUAAGUAAACUCGUGUACUUUGAUCACAGAAGAAAUCUGAAUCUGAUCAGGGAGGUGGAGCCACCGGGUGGGCAGAGAGGAGGUAGAACCUAUAGGCAUACUUUACAAAGAGGAAAAAAAGUGUUCAUUAUAAUGUCAGUUGUGCAGCUACCGAUGACUGUUACUCAUACUUCCUAAGAAGCUGACGAGGACAAAGAGCCAAGUAGCCAAGGACAGUAGAACUUUGGUGUAAUCUUGGAUUGACUUUCAAAGCAGUUUCAUAUUCCUUAGCAAAAUAAAAGAAUCGGAAGCAACAGAUUCACCUGGUUAUCAGGUGCUUGGUUUAAACAUUUUGGGAAAUAAAGUACUUGGUGAUGGGAAAAUGACAUGCAUCUUUAAACUUGUUCUGGAGAAAAGGUAAAACCAAUUACAGAAAACCCUCAACUUAAGAAGAGAGCUUGGAAAAAUGGAACUGCAGUUGCCUUCUAAGGGACUGGUUCUCCAGAUAAGUUAGUUGUAUGAGAUUUUAUAUUGUCAUUUCUAUACUGUCACUCAUGUUUUGCAUGAAUCUGCUGAAUGAAAUAAUACCAUUAUUGUUGAUAAACAUAUUUUUUAUUUUAUGUAUGAUUUUUCUAAUGAAACUUUAAACCUUUGAA